ACCAUCGCCGCCACCUUGCCACCGGCAACCUGCUAUCAAGCUUGUACGCCCGAGCCCGAUUUGACGUCGUGUACUCGUGUCCCAACUACUCUCAGACAGACACAGUAAGGCCAUUGAGUUGUUGUUCGAAUUCAUAUUUCCAAAUUGUUGUCGUCAUACCGUUAACGACUCUACCGCGGUACGCACGCGAAUUCCGUGUCAAACUGUUACAGGGAGGUGGUAAAGUUAUAUAUUUUUUUAUUAUUAUUCCUCCCGUUGAUCGUCGAAAACACGGUAAAAUUGUACAUGGUGACUAGUGCACUGUCGUCGAAAUCAAGACGAACGUCAAACGAUUUGCAGAUAUUCACCGGAUUGUUACAAUAAUAUUAUGCUGGAUUUUAUCCCGUCCGAAAGGCGCAACAGAAAAUUAAUCAGUGGACAAACACAACUAUGAGUGAUGAGGGAAGAAGAUUUAGAAAUAGCAUUAAAGGUGGUGAUUGUGGGAAAUGGCGCAGUCGGAAAAUCGAGUAUGAUUCAGCGUUACUGCAGAGGAACAUUUACCCGAGAUUAUAAAAAAACAAUUGGAGUUGACUUUUUGGAAAGACAAAUAGAAUGUAAUGGGGAAGACGUAAGAUUAAUGUUAUGGGACACAGCAGGCCAAGAAGAAUUUGAUGCCAUUACUAAGGCGUAUUACAGAGGAGCCCAAGCUUGUGUGUUGGCAUUUUCUACAACAGACAGAGAUUCGUUUGAAGCAAUUCACUCAUGGAAAAUAAAGGUGGAAGAUGAAUGUGGAAAAAUACCAACAGUUAUUGUUCAAAAUAAGAUAGAUUUGAUAGAACGCAGCCAAGUUGAUCCACAAGAAGUUGAUAUUCUUGCCCGAUCGCUAGGUUGCAAGCUAAUAUGCACAUCAGUAAAAGAUGACGUCAAUGUCAAUAAUGUAUUUAGGUACUUGGCUACACGAUGUUUGAUGGAAAUACAAAAAGAAGAACAGGAAUAUAUGUCAGAAAAUGGAUUACACCAAACAUACACAAUUGGCUCAUUUGGUACAGUUCCAUACCACAACAGAAAUUCUUCAACCACAAUUAAAUUGAGAUCUGGAAAAAUAAGACAAAAGAAAAAAAAUAUCUUUAAGAACUCUUGUGUCAUACCAUAAUAGUUUAAAUAACUUUUUUAAUAUAAAAAUGUUUGAUGUGUAAUUAAUAAAAUAUGAAACAAAAUAACAAUAUUGAUAAACAAUUGAUAUCACUAUGUUUGUCAGGAAAAUCAAUUAACAUUAAGAUUAUAUUAGAAAAAAACAAUGAAUAAUAGUUAAAACAAAUG